UGACGGUGGGGCCCAGACACACAGAUGGAGAAAGUCGCAGCCCGCAUAGCCUAGUCCGCCACACCACACCUCCCUCAUCUCUCCCCUUCCUCUCUCAGUCUCAGUCUUUCUUCGCUUCUUUUCCCGUUAAUUAAUUCGUUUCCUCUUGCUCUCCUCCGUUUCUUGGCUAAAUCCGGCGCAUACGCCUCCGUAAGCCCAAUCUGGGGAGCGAAUUGUCGACUCACCUGCCCUCAAGCACUUGAUUUCCUAGGUGGUUGCGGCUCGCGCGCCAACUGCUCGACGCAAUUCCGCUGCAGAAUCUUCUCUGCCAUUUGGGGGAGCGCAGGCGGUGACGGUGUUUCUUAUGGCGUGUGCUCCAAAUUAUAUUGCCAUUGGCUUUUCCAACUAUGGUUUAUAUACGGGGACAAGGGUACUCUCGCCGAGCUACAAGAACUUCCCACGGAAAUCCUCCUACAAGUUUCUCAAGGUCCGUGCUCUGCAGGGAAAUGAUGGCCGUAGAAGGCUGAUUGACAUAAUCCGGAUCAUCCCGGAGCUGUCAAGGAACUAUUUCAAAAGCGGGUCCAGGAGAGCUCUUUUCGGCGGCAUCGCACUGCUGGGUGGCUUUUAUGUUGCGCAGACAAUAUCCCUGUCAUUCGGUGCUUUGGGCGUGAACGAUGUUAUAGCAGCAGUUGUGUGUGUGCUCCUGACCGAGUACGUGACAAAGUUCUACUACAGCCGGCCCAAGGUUACCUUCGCCGUCGCGCUCCUCAACAAUUUCAAGAUGGGUUUCACAUAUGGCCUCUUCAUUGAUGCUUUCAAGCUUGCUAGCUGAUUUACGUCGCCUCCUACUGGUGCUUCAUAUGCAUUUUCAUCGCGGUAAGUGGGCAAAACAUGGUGAGAAAACGCAACACCAUGUGAUGUGUUACAGGGAUACAUGCCUUUCUUGGUCUUGUAUCUCUGUGUAAAGAUUGGCCCAUUGCUGGCAUAGAACGUGGUGUGCUGAUAUUGCAGGCCCAGUUUGUGUCAAUGCGUACUAUUGGCUAUCCUAAUUGUGUGUAGAGCUUUGAUUUGAUGUUAUUUUAUUAGCCAAUUCAAGCUGUGGCACUUGCGGCUAUCCAGUCUAGGGUAGAGUUUGAUUUCCAGGCAGUCUGUAGCUUAGCCCCUUGUGCAGGCAAUGUGUAGUUUCUGUUCAUAUUCUCAGAUAAAUUUCUUGGACCAAAGUACCAACCGGAUGGCAUGCUGUUUUGAUCUU